CGCCCCCGGGUCUCUCGCACCCACACACCCAGCAAAAGGCUGUCAUUAACAAUGCGGUCCAUAGAGGAAGAACAGUAGCCAGGGAAAACAAGCAACUCAGACACUAACAGACUGAAGGCAGAAAAAGAACAAAUAAAAUGUUUUUAACCAAUUAAUUUCGAGUCAAUACAGCCAAAAAAGGAUACCAGUCCAGGAGCAGGAAUUUCUAACAGCGCUUCAACGUUCCACGAAAGUUUUCCUAAGUUCUAUCUUAGGACGACUCGACACCUGAUUUUUAUGUCGAUGGGGAGGGGGGACAAGUAGCGUUAUCGGAUAGGAGGUAGAAGGCUAGCUAGCUAAUGGGGGUUCUGCAACGCGGAGAAGGAACCCUGACAAGCGAGCGAAAUCUACACUGAGAAGGGAGAACAGUGGUACAGCCCUGUUCGCUUCCACUCAAAUUUCUGUGCGCUCUUCGCCGCGUCUUAUUCCUGCAGUUUCAACGAGGCAACUGAGUGUAUGCGCUGAAGAGGAGCUGCUCCGUCACACGACAGAAGUGGCUCUUCAGUUCAGUCACUGAAAAUUCAUUACUCGCUGGUUUCCGCUGACACCUCCAGGCUGUCGGUUUCGGACGAGAGCACCAUGUCGCUGCCUCGCACGCUCGGCGAGCUGCAGCUGUACCGCGUGCUACAGCGGGCCAACCUCCUGGCCUACUACGACACCUUCAUCCAGCAGGGCGGCGACGACGUGCAGCAGCUGUGCGAGGCGGGCGAGGAGGAGUUCCUGGAGAUUAUGGCGCUGGUGGGCAUGGCCACCAAGCCGUUGCACGUGCGGCGCCUGCAGAAGGCCCUGCGCGACUGGGCCGCCAACCCCGCCCUCUUCAACCAGCCGCUGGCCAGCGUGCCGCUCAACAGCAUCCCGCUCUUCAAGAUCGACGCCAGCGGCGGGGCGGCGGGCACCGGGGCCCUGGGGGGGCCCAGGAAGUCUCUGAGCAACGGGCAGCCGGGGUCCCCCUGCGAGCGGGAGGAGCGGGCCUCCCUCACCCCCUUGCGCAGCGGGAGCCCAAAAAGCCCCUGCUCCCAGCCCUCCCCGCAGCCCCCCGACGGCUUCUACAGGGACAAGCUCUCCCCCAUGGACCCGCACUGGCUGAGCCCGGAUCCGGACCGGAACUGCGCCGGAGGCUCGGGGGCGGAUGAGGACCAGCCCAGCCCCCCGCUCCCUCCCCCGGCGCCCUCCGCCUCCUCCUCCACGUCCGCCCUGGCGUGGCCCGGGGGCCGGCUGGACGCGGAGACGGCCCGGGCGGUGAGCGAGAGUGUGGGCCGGCUGCUGCGCACCGUGCCCAGGGCCGACCCCGGGGAGGUGAAGGCGCUGCUGAAGCUCAACAAGAAGCUGGCCAAAACGGUGGGCCACAUCUACAAGCUGGACCCGCAGGACCCAGCCAAGGAGGAGGAGAUCCGCAAGUACAGCCUCAUAUACGGCCGCUUCGACUCCAAGAGGAGGGAGGGGAAGCAGCUCACGCACCACGAGAUGAUAAUCAAUGAAGCAGCAGCCCAGUUCUGUAUCAGGGACAAUGCCCUGCUGCUGAGGCGGGUUGAGCUCUUCUCAUUGGCCAGACAGGUGGCGCGGGAGUGCGCGUACACCUCCACGCUGAAGAAUGCCAGAACGAGUGCAGAUGAAAGCACCCUGCCACCACAUAAAAGAAUCAAACAAGAGGUCAUUGUGUCAGAGUGCGUCUCGUCCUCCCAUGAUAUCGCGGAGGGGUCGGUGGUGGGCUCAGAGGGCGGACACCAGGAGGCGCUGAGGUCAGGGGGAGACGAGGACAGCCUCUCUGGCGAGAGUCUGGACGGGCUGACACAAGGGGUGGGUUCACAGUCCAGCCACUCUUCAUCCCCAUGUCCCACCACCGACACCUCUGCCCCGCCCACCUGGAGCCGCAACCUUAUGCAGCAGACGCUCAUGGACGAGGGACUGCGAUUGGCUAGACUGGUGUCACAUGACCAUGUGGGCAAGAUAAGCCCAAGGACGCAGUCUGCAGAGUCUGAAGACAAGACGUCUGAGAGGGGGAUCUCCGCCAAGCCCCGCAGACGGAGCAGCUCGUGCAGCACCAAAGACGAUUCGGACAACAGUGGAAAAUAAACACCCAUACCGCCCUCGAUCCCCCACCCUUAGUCUUACCCUC